UUUCUUGGAUCACUGAACUCAGCUGUCUCUGCUCCCGCGACGGCAGCGGCUUCAUGCUCGGCAUGCAUUAUCAAUGGCGGGAAGGAAUAGUAUGGGUUUUAUUUUACCUGUAAACUCCGCCCAUAUUUUCCCAUCGGCUUCAUUAACAGGACACAAUUUGUGUAGGGGUUUUCCAGUGGAUGACAAAGACAUAAUUGGAAUCUCCAUUUUCGCCCUUCGUGCCAAGCAUAUUCUCCAGAUAUGGUUUUCCAGGGGUUUAGGGAUCUUGAACAGGUUUUUUAUUUCCGUACAUCAGCUUUGGUGCCAUAGCCCCAGGGUCGAAUCGAGGGGUUUUCUAGUCUACAAUUUCCAUUUUCGCCCUUUGUGCCAAGCACAUUCUCCAGAUCUGUUUUUUCAGAGGUUUAGAGAUCUUGAACAGGUUCAGCAGCGGCGCCAGAGCCCUAGGGUCAAAUCCAGGUGUUCUAUAGCAAGAGCUAGCAAAGACCAAUAGCUUGCUAGUUUCCAGCGAAUGGCAGGGACUCAUGCUGUAUUAGAGUGAUGCAACUCUUGUUCUUUAAAGGGUGCUAGCUCAAUGGAAGAGUUUACAAGCAGGAGGAUGGUGGUUCAAUUCCAUCGUGCCCUAACAUGAAUUGAUACUGUAGUAUAUAUUUAACAAUAUUGAUUUAUCUGAAUAGUGAGCUAUUUUUUAAAAUUCAUUGUUUUAUAUUAUCUCUAGAGACAAAAGUAGUAUUCUGUCCAAUGAGAAUAUUUUUGUUGUCUUAAGAAAGACAAUAAGCUGGGUUAAAGACAAUAAGCUGGGUUAAAGACAUAUCUCUCUUUAUAGAGACAAAAAUACAAUUGUCUCUCAAGAGACAAUAAUACGGGUGUUUUUUAUUGUUUUUAUGAAAACAAUUUUUUAAGACAAUAAUUUAAGACAGCUUAAAGACAAUACACAAGUUUUAUUUUAUCUCAGGUUAAGACAAUACUCUUCAUUUCCUGGUCAAAGAUGAAAAUUUCAUGCUGAACGAAGAAAAUCUGGUAGGGCGGCCCACAAUACCACCUUAUUUCUCUAUUUUGGAUUGACUAUCAUUCUUUCAUUGACAUAUUCACUAGUGUCAUGAUUACUCCACUUUGCUUGGCGGCCAAGUUUGGGAUCGAGAUAUAAAAUCACCAUUAGGAUGCCUAUUUACAUUGAAUGAGCCAGAAAAUUCUGCUAGUCUCUCGCAAGGGCAUUAUGACCUCCUCGUUACAGUCUCCUCUUGAAGCUGAUCUCCCUGUGAUUGACAUCUCACAAUUUCCCCAGAAAAUUGAAGGAGACCAUCUUCAGCAUCAUCCGGAGGUUGUCAAACUCGGAAAAGCUUGUGAAGAAUGGGGAAUUUUCAGGCUGGUGAAUCAUGGAGUUCCACAAGAUCUUCUGCAAAACGUUUUGUCCGUGAGCAAGGAUUUGAUGUCAAUGCCCAUGGAGGUUAAAGACAGAGUCACAACUUCUGAUCCCCCAAAGAGCUACAUGCGUAAACCCGGUAUUCCGAUUCCUUUUGAGACAUUUUGCUUCCUUGACAUACCCAAUCCAGAUUCAAUCCUUGAAAUGUCUCGAAAGAUAUGGCCCGAGGAAGGAAACUUAAAAUUCUGUGAAGCGAUAGGUGCUUUCAGUUCAUAUCUGUCAGAUCUUGCUCAGAGGAUAAUCAAACUCAUUCUUGUUAGCCUGGGUCUGGACGCUGAGAGUUUCUAUCACUCUGAUUUCGAGAAAUGUAAAGCCUUGUUGCGGAUAAACGGGUAUUCAUCUCAUGGAAAGUCUAAUGGGGAGGAAGCUCUGAUAGCUCACGCAGAUCGGGGUUGCCUGACAAUUCUUCGCAACGAUGAAGAGGAAGGGCUUCAAGUACGAUCGAAAGAAGGGAAAUGGAUCAAUAUCAAGCCUUCACCACACUCCCUUAUUGUCAAUCUAGGGAUCUGCUUUAAUGCAUGGAGCAAUGAUAGGUACAUGUGUGCAGUUCACCGCGUGAUUUGUAAAGGGUGGGAGAAUCGUUUAUCGGUUCCCCUUUUUUUAAGUUUUGCAGAUGAUGCCCAGAUCGCGGCACCAGACACGCUUUUGAACAAAGAUAAUCCACGACGAUUCAAGCCUUUUAUUUUCUCUGAAUUACAGUCAGAAUUGCGGAAAGAAUUUGAGAAACUGUAAAGUAGAUAGAGAAAAAGUCAAAGUGAUGGAACGAUUGGGUGGCGUAUAACGUUUUGCUACAUUUGUACCAGCUCUAGUGUUUUCUUUAUAUUAUACUUUAGAACAAAUGCUGUCUCUUACACGUUACCUCUUACUGUAGUAAUAAUGAUGUAGCAUUGCCUAUAGAACCAUUGUAAUCCCACAAAUGUGUUGGGGAUAAAUAACAUAAUAAAGAAAGAAACAAAAUUUUGUAUCCUUUUUCGAUAAUUUUUGGUUGUGUUUA